AUGAAAUACUCCUUCGUUACUCUGGCCGCGGUGGCCGGAGCCGCACUCGCGGCACCUCCUCCGUCCGCCAUCGACAACUUCGGCCCGGAUUUCUUCACCCCUUUCUGCAACCUCGACUACAAGGGCAAGCCAUGCGAGGAGCUUGUUGGAAAGGGCGACAAGAAUGCCGAUGCCAUCUGCAAGGCUGGCCGUGAGCACUUCUGUGGUCCUCAGAAGCGUGAUGCCGUCCCUGAGCCUCAGCCCGAUCCUGUCGCUGAUCCGAUGCCCUGGUGUACUUGGCGUGGACAGCCCUGUUGGAAGGAAAAGAUGAAGGCCAAGCGUGAAGCUAUUCCCAAACCUGUUGCAGCUCCUCAACCUGACCCCGUCGCUGAUCCUAUGCCUUGGUGCACUUGGCGUGGACAGCCAUGCUGGAAGGAGAAGAUGGCCAAACGCGAGGCUAUCCCUGAACCAGUUGCUGCUCCCCAACCCGACCCUGUCGCCGACCCCAUGCCCUGGUGCACCUGGAGGGGCCAACCCUGCUGGAAGGAGAAGAUGGCUAAGCGUGAGGCUAUCGCCGAACCUGUCGCCGCUCCUCAGCCUGAUCCUGUUGCUGAACCUAUGCCCUGGUGUACCUGGCGCGGACAGCCUUGCUGGAAGGAGAAGAUGAGGAUGGCCAAGCGUGAGCCCGAGCCCGUCGCUGCCCCUCAACCCGACCCUGUUGCUGAACCUAUGCCCUGGUGUACCUGGCGCGGACAGCCUUGCUGGAAGGAGAAGAUGAGGAUGGCCAAGCGUGAGCCCGAGCCCGUCGCUGCCCCUCAACCCGACCCUGUCGCUGAGCUUAUGCCUUGGUGUACCUGGCGCGGACAACCUUGUUGGAAGGAGAAGAUGAGAAUGGCUAAACGCGAUGCUGUUCCUGAACCUGUUGCUGCCCCUAAACCCGACCCUGUCGCUGAGCCUAUGCCAUGGUGCACAUGGCGUGGACAGCCCUGCUGGAAGGAGAAGAUGAAGCUUAAGACCCGUGAGGCCGCUCCCCAGGCUGAGAACGAACCUAGAUGGUGCUUGUGGCGAGGUCAGCCCUGCUGGAAGGCCAAGCGCGACGCUGCUCCAGAGCCCUGGUGUAUGUGGCGAGGACAGCCAUGCUGGAAAGCCAAGCGUGAUGCCGGCCAAGCUCUCUCCAAUGCUCUCCACGCAACUCGAUCCCUCGACACCCGAUCCGCCGACGCACCCAGCACAGCUCAUCUUCCCCGCGAUGCCGCCCACAAGGCCAAGCGCUCCAUCGUCGAACUCGCCAACCUGAUCGCCCUCUCUGCCCGUGGUAGUCCCGAGGAGUACUUCAAGAGCCUCGAGCUCGAGGACUUCUUCCCCGAUGCCGCUCCCAACGCUACCGCCAAGCGUGAUCUCAAGACUCUUCAGGAGGAUAAGCGCUGGUGCAUGUGGCGAGGACAACCUUGCUGGAAGGCCAAGCGCGCUGCUGAGGCAGUUCUCGAUGCCGUCGAUGGUGAUGAUGGUGCUACUGGUCCUGGAGGUCCUGACUCUCACUAUGAUACUCGGGACUUCAAGGCUGAGAACUUUGCGGCUAAGCGAGAUCUCAUUGCUAUCAAGGCAGCAGCUCGCAGCAUUACCGAUAUGCCCGAGGAAUAA